GGCGCCGGAAGUGCUCGGCUCCUUGUCUUUGCUCCCGCCCCGGCCCGGAAGUGCUUUCUUGGGAAGAUGGCGGCAGUUUCAGUGUGUGAGCCACCGGUUGGAGGUUUCUCUUUUGAUAACUGCCGCAGAAAUGCCGUCUUGGAAGCCGAUUUUGCAAGGAAAGGUUUCAAGCUUCCAGCGGUCCGGAAAACAGGCACGACCAUCGCAGGGGUGGUCUAUAAGGAUGGCAUAGUUCUUGGAGCAGAUACAAGGGCAACUGAAGGGAUGAUUGUUGCUGACAAGAACUGCUCAAAAAUACACUUCAUAUCUCCUAACAUUUAUUGCUGUGGUGCUGGGACAGCUGCAGAUACAGACAUGACAACACAGCUUAUUUCUUCCAACUUGGAGCUCCACUCCCUCUCCACUGGCCGCCUUCCUAGAGUGGUGACGGCUAAUCGGAUGCUGAAGCAGAUGCUUUUCAGGUAUCAAGGUUACAUUGGUGCAGCCCUCGUUUUGGGGGGAGUAGAUGUUACUGGACCUCACCUCUACAGCAUCUAUCCUCAUGGGUCAACUGAUAAGCUGCCUUAUGUCACCAUGGGUUCUGGCUCCUUAGCAGCAAUGGCUGUGUUUGAAGAUAAGUUUAGGCCAGAUAUGGAGGAGGAAGAAGCCAAGAAGCUGGUGAGUGAAGCCAUUGCGGCUGGCGUCUUCAAUGACCUGGGGUCUGGAAGUAACAUUGAUCUCUGCGUCAUCAGCAAGAGCAAGCUGGAUUUUCUGCGUCCAUAUACAGUGCCCAACAAGAAGGGGACUAGGUCUGGCCGGUAUAAGUGUGAGAAAGGGACCACUGCUAUUCUCGCUGAAAAAGUCACUACCCUGGAAAUCGAGGUGCUGGAAGAAACAGUCCAAACGAUGGACACUUCCUGAAUGGGGUCAGUGGACGGCUGGUCACUGCUGUAGGAGAUGGGGGCACUGGAGGCUCCUCCUGUAAGACAUUCACGUGGCCAGCACUGGCCGAAUGAAACCCAAUAAAAACAUGCAAACCAAACUGA